AUGGAAGGCGAGUGCCUGUGCAAAGCCGUGGCCGUCAAAGUCAACGACGACAACCUCUUCGGCGAACAACGAAGAGGACACAUCUGUCACUGCAACAACUGCAGGAAAGUCGCGGGCGGGAUAUUCGGAGUCAACCUGACCAUCGAGGAGGAAAAGGUCGAGUUCCCAAAGGGAAAGGAUAACAUCAAGGCCUACACAGUCAGUCAGUCCGUGCAUCUCAUCGCCAUCUGCCUCUCAUCACCAUCUUCAUCUCAUCACCACCUCAACUCGAUCACCAUCCAACUGUGGGGCUUACGCAUAUGA